AUGAAAGGUCUUGCCACAAAGAAUACCUUUGUGAUAUAUGAAAGUCCUGGUAUCUACUGUUCAAAAGUUGUGGCCAGGGUCAAAGUUGUAGAAAAAUUUCACCAAUCACGUCAAAUUAGAGAAAAGAUUCUAGAUAUUGACAACAAUACACCUGCUGCAGACCAGUCACCCUCCUCUUGCAUUAAUUCUACGUAUACAGACCACAUACAAAGUCAUGAUGAAAUAAUAAACGACUACACAUCAAGAAGUUUUUCUGUAGCAGAAAUUUCUAAAGUCAUCGCUGAAAAAUCAAAAGAUAACUACAAUAUAUUUCAAAGUGAAUAUAAGGCCAUACCAUAUGGAGAACAAAUUGGAAUUCCAUGUACCAUUGGAAAAGAAGAACGACAUCUAGAAAAGAACCGUUUUAAAAGCCUAUAUCCUUAUGAUCACUCAAGGAUUUCCUUAAGAGAUAAACAUGACGACUACAUACAUGCAAACUACAUACAGAACGUUAACAAUGAAAAGGCUUACAUUGCAUCACAAGGACCUAAGAAGAACACCUUAGAAGAUUUUUGGACAAUGGUUUAUCAAGAAAACGUGUCAGUAAUUGUCAUGCUUACGAAUCUUGUUGAAGGCAGAAAAAGAAAAUGCGAGAAAUACUGGCCAGCUGAACGUGGAAGUGAUGCGUUAUAUGGGCAAAUCAGAGUUCAUUUUAUCAACGAGAAACAAUAUGCCAACUACAUCAUCAGGAGAUUCAGAGUUAACACAUCACAGCAAUUCGAUGCCCACCGAGUGGUGACCCAGUUCCAUUACACCCAGUGGCCUGACCAUGGUGUCCCCGAUCCUAUCAGUCUGGUGCUAUUCCACAAACACGAGAAGAGGGUCCUGGAAAAAACCCAUAUAAAAUGGCCCCUUCUAGUUCAUUGCAGCGCUGGUGUUGGUCGAUCAGGAACCUUUAUAGCACUGGAUGCCCUACAUCAACAAGGACUUGAGACGGGGGUCCUGAACGUUGCUGAGUACGUCAGAAAAAUGAGAGAAGAUAGGAUGAAUAUGGUUCAAAACGUUGACCAGUAUAUUUGCCUUCACAUUGCACUGAUGGAAUCUUUCCAAGGUUGCAGCGUUGUUAUGAGUAAGGCAAUAUUUAUGACUAAAGUUCAAAACAUUCAUCAACAAAAUGAAGAAACCUCAUUCUGGAUAACAUCGCAAUUUAAUGAACUGAUUUCAAUAAAUAAGAAAAAUAAUGAAAACGAAAACACAGCUAGAAUAGAAAACGGAGAACUUAUUCUGACACAGAACUCCUUACCGAGUAAGCUUGUAUUACUUAUUAUUUGCUUUUGA